CUAUAGUUGAGAGGACAAACAAGUCACGCCACUUGUGCCGAUAAUCUUAAGUGUAAUAAAGGUUCACUUAUCGUCAACGAUGUGGACGACCUCAAUUUAAUGAGGUAAGGGGAGAAGGUAGAAUUAUUAUUAUUAUUAUUUAUUUUUUUUACAAGAAACCUGGCAAGAUAGUUUAGAUUGACCGUCAAACAUAAGGCGUUCACCCUUAAACUAAAAGGUCAGUGGAGGUCACUUAGCCAAGCAAUCAGAUUAUGGUAAAGUCAGCAUUUAAAAAAUAACGUAAAAUAAGAAUCUUUGUAAUGUAAAUGUAAUGACCUGUUUUAUUAGUAAAUUUAUUAAAAACAACAAACCUGUUUUAGUUUAAAAUAAAUAUAGGCUAUAUAAAUAGUCAUGAAUUUAAUGUGUUUGAUAUCAGGAUAUUUAUUUUUAUUUUCUGUGUUUGACUAGUUAGUUAUAAUGUGAUGCCUCCCCCCCCCCCUAUUUUUGUGUGGAUACAUAGACUAUAGUCAUUUAAGUCAUAGUCGUAGACCUACUGAUGUUCUGUGCGAGUUCAUGAUAACCUAAUUUGCAACGCUAAAUUAUUAUUUUUAGUUUAAAAUAAAUAUAGGCUAUAUAAAUAGUCAUGAAUUUAAUGUUUUUGAUUUCAGGAUAUUUAUUUUUAUUUUCUGUGUUUGACUAGUUAGUUAUAAUGUGAUGCCUCCCCCCCCCCCCUAUUUUUGUGUGGAUACAUAGACUAUAGUCAUUUAAGUCAUAGUCGUAGACCUACUGAUGUUCUGUGCGAGUUCAUGAUAACCUAAUUUGCAACGCUAAAUUAUUAGUUUAUCAAGUAUGCAUAGAUUUUAAUUUGGUUACAGUAAAAUAUUGUAUAUAUUAUUAAGCCCGUAGGCUAUAGGUAAAUAUGGAUGCGUUUUAAAAGUAAAUUUGUACAUUUUACAAUUAUUAUGUAGUUAAAUAUAUGUGAAAAUCAUGGACUUUAUCUCUUAUAAUUUCUUUUCAGGAGAGUUACCGAAAGUAAAACUGCAAUCUUUUCAAUAUGGUCAACGAGCAUUUUACUGGAUUAGAAGAGAUAAUAAAAUGUGUUGUUGUUGGAGAUUCUGGUGUUGGUAAAACUUACCUCACCUGUGCGUACGCCUGUAAUGCCAAAUACAGCUUAGAAAAACUUGUUAAGACUCAUCAGGCUACUGUGUGGGCUAUUGAUCACUACCAGCAUGAUAAGGAGGUUUGUAUUUGUAUUAGUAUUAUUAGUAGGCCUAUUAUAGUAGUAUUAGUAGUCAAAAGUCAACAGAAUUAUACAACUGAUGAAAAGUUUAAAAAAAAACAACUUUUUAAAAUAUUUAUACCCAUCCUUUUAUUUGUACUAAUACAGGACUCAUACUAGCAUUUUGUCAAAGGUGAAAUCACAGUCCAUCCUGAAAUUACUAGCAUUUUGUCAAAGGUGAAAUCAUAGGCCAUCCUGAAAUUGACGCUUUUUAAAGGAAUUGUCUAUUAGAAUUAGAAGAUCUAAGUUUCAUAACAGUUUCAUAACCUAGCCUAACAUCAACUCGGACAAGUGGAACCUAACAUCAACUCUGAUAUGUGGGACCUAACAUCAACUCUGAUAUGUGGGACCUAACAUUAACUCUGAGAUGUGGGACCUAACAUUAACUCUGAUAUGUGGGACCUAACAUCAACUCUGAUAUGUGGGACCUAACAUCAACUCUGAUAUGUGGGACCUAACAUUACUGGCAUAGGAAUUGGGGUGCGGCACAUUGAGGGGUAGCAUUUUUUACCAAAUGCAGAGUUUUUUCUUGGGAGAGGAGUGUAAAAAAUCCUGGCCCUCCCCGGUAUGCACUAACCCAAGCUAUGCCACUGCCCAAUAUCAACUCUUGAGGUCAUGAGGUGUGGGACCUAACAUCAACUCUGACAAUGAGAGAAUUUAUUUGAUAACUUGCAUAAUGCUAUUUAAGCAAAUUAAUAGUAAACUGUCUUUGCAAAUUCUUUUACUCUUAGUAAUUUUUAUACAAACUUGACACACCAUGACUUCUGUUUUUCUGUGUUAUAUGUUGCAAGUUAUUUGAGUUUAAUUUUUGUGUGCAUGUUAGGUCAUCCAUUUUUAUUGUAAGUUUCUUGCUUUGCCUUUAGAAAUAGUUUCCCUCCACAGAUUUUGGAACGGUCAUUGUGUGAUGUUGAUGGCUGUCAAGUUUCCAUGCGACUGUGGGACACAUUUGGUUACCAUGACAAGGACCGUGGUUUUGCAUAUAGGGAGUGAGUGGAUUGGUCAAAUUCAAAAAUAUAUUUUAGUGUAGUUUGGUUUAAAUUCUAUCUGGAUCUAAUCAAGUAUUAAAUAUUUUAUAAAAAUGUUACAACAGGCAUGACACACCGUAUAAUUAUUUUGAGAAUCACUGGAGUUGGGACAAUUUCUCUUAAAUAUGUAAAAUGAAAUAAUCUUCGAUAUCUAAAUAAUAAAAUUUGAUUCCAUGUAUAAUUAUGUCUUCAGAGCUGACGUCAUUGUUGUGUGCUUUAGUGUACUGCAGCCCAAUUCUUUGCGUAAUGUUCAGCGAGUUUGGUACCCAGAGAUUAAGCGUCACAGCCCCAACACUCCACUGGUCUUGUGUGGGACGCAGGCAGAUCUGAGAUAUUUGUGUUUUGAUGCCCAUCAUAUCAACAUGGAAAAAGGAUUGCUGUUCAGGUUGAGAAAAAUAUUCAUAUGAAUUUAAACUUUAAAAUGUUUUUUUUAUAUGAUGUCGUCUUCUGUUGACCCGCGAAAAUUCCAUGUGUUGGCUCAGACAUCUUAAUCAGCAUAGAAACCUUCACCAACACAUAUACAAUUUUAAACAUUGGCCAAACAUGAAUUGGAGAGCUCUUUAUUCUUCUUUUGUUCUGCUUUGACAGUGGGAUAUAUUUGUAAUAAUAAUAAUUAGAGGUCUUAUAUUGCGCGGUAUCCAAGCCUAGGGCUGGGCUCACCGCGCUGUACAUAAAAAUGUUAUAAAUAGAGACAUAAUCAUGACAUUAAAAUAAAAUACAUUUAUGAAAUAAAGAACAGCAAUGUAUAUUCACCCACCCCACCACAUAACUUUUACAAGGCAAACCAUGGACAUCAGCCAGCAAGAUAGUUUCUAUCAGCUUUACAUAGACUUCUGAGCCAUGUUUUAAGGUAUGCUGUAGUAUCCCAAGAAGUCAGAAGAAAAGGUUUAAAUCAAUAAAAUAACUUAUCUUUAAACUAAAAUAUGUUAAAUAUUUAAUUUGCUUUUUUUAAAAUUGCACAACAUGUAUUCAUGAGAAAAUAUUUUUGAUGAAGAACAUAGACUAAACUUUAUAUUUGUCACGUCAUUGUUAUCUUAAUGGCUUGAUAUUAAUACGAUAGUAAAAUAAAAUAAAAAUAUUUUUUUCAAAUACAGAAUAUAAUUGUCAUUAGCUCAACUGAGCAGAAUGUUGUAUCAUGUUACAAACACCGCCCCCCCCUUUCCCAACUAAUUAUCUGAAGAAACAGUACAGAUUUUUAAAGAAUAACAAGAUGAGUAAAAUAGGACUAUUUUUAAGCUCGAGUACUUUAGAAUAUCUCUAAAAAAAAUUAGGCACCAUAGCAUGUCACUGGUCUCUUCUUAUUUGUGGUGGUAAAAAAUUUUCCUUCAAAACCUUCUCUGUCUACUAUUGCCACCAAUAUUUGAAAAAGGAAUAAGUAGUACUUUCUUUAAUUUAACAAUAAUAAAUGUUCAUCUUGCCUUUUUCAAAAGAAAUCUACUUAUAUUUUAUGAAUCAGCUCCUUUGACACCCAUGAUAUAGAAUGUUCAGAAUUUAUCACAACAAAUUCAGGCCCCCUAUAUUGUAAUGUCCUUAUUAGUGCUGAGAGAUUUUAUUUAACAAAUUUAUUUAUUAUAUAUAUAAAGUAGUCAAUGAUAUGUGGCUUACUUGAUCACAUUCUUUACUGUUAGUAGGAGAAACAGUUAAAAAAAUUAACUAUCAGAGUCCCAUAAGAGGGUGAAAAAAAUGUUUGAGGGAUAUAAGAAUUGUCUUGAAAUUUGUAUUAUGCUCUGGAUAAAGCUAGAUAAAAUGAACAUUAACAUAAAGUUUAAGUAAUUUUACUGUGUCUGAAACACUGAGGAAUAAUAUUUAUUAAAAGACUUAAUUAUCUUUUGCUAUGAUUCUGAAGUAAAAAUGUGCUACAUUCUUUUCCUUAGAACUGUCUGUCCAAAAGAUAUCAUCAUACCAAGCCUUGGAAGGGAAGUAGCAAAGGCCAUUGGAGCUCUUUACUAUGAAACAAGUGUUCUUACUCAUCACGGUGUCUCUGAUGUGUUCAUCAAUGCAGCACGGGCAGCUCUUAUUGAAAGGCGCAAAACAAAGUUCUGGAACACUCAUUUGAAACGAGUUCAAAGACCACUUGUUCAAGCUCCUAUGCCAAUGCCAGUACCGUCAUUUGGAAGAAUUAAAAUAUGUAAAGCCUUCAUUGAAUCAGAUCUAUCCUCACUGUUGAACAACAACGCUGAGUGCGAUGUGAUCUUUCAUGUACAAGGCAAACAGAUUAAUGCCCAUCGUAUUUGUUUGACACUUAAUUCUGAAUUUUUUAAUAAGCUUUUUUCUCAUGAAUCCUUUAUCAGAUUUAAUUUUGCCAAAGAAUUUAAAGGAUAUACACAUGGCAAAGCAAAAUACACAGAUUUUCCCAAAGAUGCUGAAGUUAUGAACAGAGAUAUAGAUGAUAGAAUUGGAAAAAAUUGUGACAAAGAAAUAACUCAAAGUACAACUAUGUUGCCUCUAUUAGUACCAUAUGACCAAAUAGCUGUUAAAGCAAUUGAAAUUCACAUUGAAAUAGUGCAAUCUCACCAUCCCCACAACAUAUUGCAAACACAUAUUUUUAUGAGUGAUGAGAUCUCUGAAGCAUCCUUCUCUGCAGUUGUAGAGUACUUGUAUACAGGACUGUUGCAUUCUCAUGAAGUGGAAUUUCAUGAAGUUAAGAGAACUGCUGAAUUACUUGAGGCUAGUAGAUAAUAAUUUAUAAUAUAAUUUUAUGAAAUUUUCAUGUAAUCUGUCAAUGAAGACCAUGAUAAAUUAAGUUUGCUCUUUGUCAUUAAAACACUUUAAAUAACGCAAGUUAUAUCAAGAUGGAGUAUUAAAUGUGUAUAUUAGUUUGUAAAAAUUUAAUUGCUCAGAUCAUCAGAAUUUUACUGUUAAUAAUCUAAUAAAUGGAUAUAUAUCCUGUUAUAAACCAUUAUCAUGCAGCUACUUAAUCAAAUUUUCUCUACUGUUAUAAAAUUCAUUUUAAUUUCUGAUGUUUUUUAGAUGACAGAUCUAAUGACUGUUAUAGAUAAUAUCUUAAAGGACCAAAGUUUCCUUAACAUAGAAGUGAACAAAACAUUCCAUGAAAAGCGGAUAAGGAAAUUGAGAGAUCUUGCCCUUCAAAAAGAUUACCUCGAAGGUAUGAUUUGUUUAGUCUUUUCAUGUAACAUGUUUUUUUUGUUGUAUUUUAAUUUCUAGAAUUUCCUUUCAAUCUUUACAACUUUAUCUACCACUCAUUACUGCCUUUAAUCAACUCAUUAGCAUAGAUUAAUACAAAAACUUGAUAAUCUACAAAUCUACAAAUUUUUGCUUGAAAUAUUAAUUGGCUUGUUUUUUAAAAAAAAUAAUAAAUCCUCCAAUGUAAUAUUAAAGCCAUAAAAAUCAUUUAAAAUGUCACAUGUAACACAUUUAUUUUAACAUUUAUAAAUGAAUUUAUAUUCUUUCUCUAGGUAAGAUUUAAAAAGUGUAAUUACCUCUGUGUUCAUCAACAGAUAUAUCAUUUAAAGUAGACAAUGGAGUUGUGUCUGCCCACAAGGCUCUUCUGAUGGCAAGGUGUGAAAUGAUGUAUGCAAUGUUUAGCAGUGACUUUAUUGAAUCUGCUUCUGAAUUGGUAAGCUUUUAACAUUUAAAAUUUCAAGCUACAAAACUGAUAAGAGGGGAAAAGUUUUAAUAACUGGUGCAAAAUAAAUUAAGUAAAUGAAAAUUGAUGGUCACAAUGAGACAUGUAAUCUUGGUUUUGGAAAACCCAACUUCCAGCAAUAACAUUAAUAGUUAACUCUUAAGUUGUUGAACUACUUUAUAAUUUAUUAUUUUCUUUAUUUUCAUUUGUCCUGUCUGCUGAGAAAGACUCUUAGCCAAAACGUCCUUUUAUUGUCCUGUCUUUCUUUUAAGCUUCCACAUACAUUGUUCCACUAUUUCCUUCACACAGAUUGAAGGCACCUCUUCAUUUAGUAUCCAUAAUUGGACAUGAGUCUUUGAAAUAAGAUAUUAUCAAUCAAAUUUCUAAAAAACUAUAUUUUUUUGAAUGUCUGAAAAUAUUUGAUUCCAUGAUAUUUAUAUCAUUCUGCAGCUAUUAAUGAAGAAGAAAAAAGAACUGGAAUUAUUUAGCCUUGUAGACCUAAAGUUAAGGCCAUGACUUUAAGUUGAUGCAUGGAAAUGAUGUGGACAUUUUCUUGUUGUAAUUUAAUGAAUGCAGAUAUUUUAUCUCAUCUUCUCAAAUAAAAAUAAUAUCCUUACAUUUCAGAUACCUUUUCCUGGCAUAACAGUACGAACUUUUAAAGCCCUACAAGAGUACCUUUACACUGGAGAGUCACCUUGCAUGGAUAAGAUAGACUGCACCAUGCUAAUUGAAGUGGCAAAUCGUCUUUGUUUACCUCAACUUGUCAACAUGGUGGAGGCUUCAGUUGUUAAAGAGUUACUUACCUAUGAUAGAGAUGAGAUGCUGCAAGAUGCCAUCAUGCUUAUUGAGCCAUCAGAGGUAACUCAUAAUGUUCAGUUUACUUCCAGUUAUUUUUUUAGUAGUCUAAAUUAAACUCUUGUGAUGUAUUACAUUUCUAAUCUUAAUCAGCAUGUCAUAAAUACAUAAUAACAAUUUUUUGCUUUUAUGGAAACCAAAUGGAAGUAUGUGGUUGGUUUUUAUUAGCUAAGACAGUUAGUAAUGGUCAAUGGAAUAUUCUGACUUGAAAAUUUGGAAAAUUCACAAUUUUUACAAUGGAAAAUUGCAUGAGCUUUAACCUGUAUGCCCUAUAUGGUUCUAUUUUUCACUUGGAUAAAGAGAUACCUUUGUAAAGAACUUAUUGUGACUAGCUCUGUUGUGCAUGAAAAUCAGGAUUAUAUAAAUUAAAUCACUAUAAAAAAAAACACCCCAACCAAACUAUGGGUCUCAUUUAAAAUAAAAAGAAUUCUUAUUUGUAAUUUUCAUGGCAUUUUAUUUUAUAUUGGACAUAUCUAGAUUAUACACACUAUCACUUUAUUAAGCAUUUAAAUUAAACAGUUUUAUAUAUUUUUUGAAAUAAGUUGUAUAAUGCUGAACAACUCUCCAAGUUUUGCCAAUAUACCCUGAGUGUCAACUUUAAUGAAGUCAUAUCGAAACAUCAGAAAUUAUUUCAUCAGCUGCCUACAGAAAAGCAAGAGCAGAUUGAACAAAUGCAGUGGCCUCCUGUAUGGUAAGAGCUAACUAAAAUAUAUUCUUUAAAUAUUAACUUUAACUUUAAGUGUAAAGAUUAAAAAAGGUUAACACAGAAAAAAAUUAUAUUUAAUUUAAAUAAAUUGUUUUGCAGUAAACUUUGGUAUUAAAUUACAAAUUAUAAUUAUCCAAAAUAAAAUAUUAAUCAUCUUUACAUUAACAGUUCAUCAAACAAUAAAGUUUAUCAUAAAGUGUUUGUUUAAAAAUUUGAUAAAAAUUGUUUUUGUGAAAAUGCUCUCAGGUAUCUUAAAGAAGUAGAACAGUUCAGAAAUGGGAGCCAUCCACCUCCAAUUUAUCAGCAAAUUAUCUCCAGGGAUUGCAACAAAAAGUUAGGAUGUCUCUGUUUUGUUCGAUGGUCAAAAAAUUAAUGCAAUACCAAAUUGCUUUCAUUCUUAAACUAUUCAUUAUAAAAAAAAAAUGUGCUCAAUUUUUACUUUAAUCAUUUAAGUCAUGGGUGCCUCUAAAAAAUAUCAGGCCAUCUACUCAAUCAAUUAGGGAUGCUGACCUGAUAUUAAGAUAAAGAAGCUAUAAUAUAUAUACAGAAUAUACAGACAACAUGUAUAAUUUUAUCAAAUUUUU